GUUGAACCAUGUGUUGAACGUGUAACAGCUCUGACGUCAAACGUCGAGGUUAUUUAGUAAUUUAGUGAUCAAGGAUCGCUUGUGGUUGGGAAACGCGUUUUGAUAACAGGUGGCAUGGAAAUGUCUGAUAGGUACUGCCAAGGCGUCAGGGUUGACAUGUCAAGCGUCUCUACAUCCCUGUCCACCGAUCCCAUGACAGAGGAGAUACUGAGAGAUGACCUGAGGUUUUACUUCAUGAGCCCUUGUGAGAAGUACAGAACACGGCGACAGUUACCAUGGAAACUAGCAGUGCAAAUUUUAAAAAUAUUCAUGAUUACACUCCAGCUCAUACUGUUUGGACUGAAUAACCAGCUUGUGGUGUCCUACAAGGAGGAGAACCUGAUGGCCUUUAAGAAUUUGUUUCUUAGGGGCUACAGUGGUGUGGAUGAGGAUGACUACAGUAUUGCUGUCUACACCAAACAGAAUGUUUAUGAUAGUUUAUACUAUGUCGUAGAUCAGUAUUCCCAGUUAAGAAACCUGUCUGUAGGACCCGUUAGUUAUGCUGAGGAAAAUGAUACGUUUCUGCCCAUGAUUAUCUGUAAGAAGAGCUACACGAGAGGCAGCGUGGAACCACCUGAGGAAUCCUAUGAUAUUGACGCCCAGCUUGAAACAGUUUGCUUGGCUCUUGAUCCAGAGUCUUCUACAACAUGUAGAAUGAACAACGCUUCAUUUUUUGAGUUGGACUUUUAUAGGCUUGUUGAUAUUGAGAUCACUUUUGCGCUUAAAGGAAUCAAUUUGCAAACUGUUCGUUCGCAUGAGCUGCCUGACUGUUACACAUUUUUUGUGAAGAUUGUCUUUGAUAACAGUUGCCAUAGUGGGAAGGUGAAAUUGACUCUCGAUUUUGAUGAUGUUAGUAGUGUUUGCAAAAACUGGAAGAUUUCAGGAACUGCUCAGAAGAACACACACUACCUCCUGAUCUUUGAUGGCUUUGUUAUUGUAGUCUGUCUGAUCUCUGCAGUGCUCUGCACACGUUCCAUUAUACUUGCUGUGAAGUUACUUCAGCGGUUUUCUAGCUUCUGUCUUGAGAAUUAUAAUCAUAAAGUGUGUGAAGAUGACCAGAGGGAGUUCUUAAACGGCUGGUACAUCUUGGUUAUCAUCAGUGAUGUUUUGGCCAUCAUUGGAUCCAUACUAAAAAUGGAAAUACAGGCUAAGAGUUUGACCAACUAUGAUGUCUGCAGCAUCUUCCUGGGAACAUCUACUCUAAUGGUCUGGGUGGGCGUCAUAAGGUAUCUGGGAUACUUCGAAAAAUACAAUGUGCUUAUCCUCACUAUGCGAGCAGCCUUACCAAAGGUCUUGCGCUUCUGCUGCUGUGCAGGAAUGAUAUAUCUAGGCUACACCUUCUGUGGAUGGAUUGUUCUAGGACCAUACCAUGAGAAGUUUGAAGGUCUGAGUCGUGUGGCAGAGUGUCUCUUCUCCCUAGUCAACGGGGACGACAUGUUCCCUACGUUUGCGGACUUUGAGCAAAAGAACACAAUGGUCUGGCUGUUCAGCCGAGCCUAUCUCUACUCGUUCAUCUCCCUCUUCAUCUACAUGGUGCUCAGUCUCUUCAUCGCCCUUAUCACGGACGCUUACGAGACCAUCAAGGGUUACCAAACGACAGGCUUCCCCAUGACAGAGCUCCAGAGGUUUCUGAUGGAGCAGAAGGAAGGCUUCCCCCUCCAGGGGCAGGAGUGUGGUGAAGUCGAGAACGUCCACCCUUCUGUUAUGCUGUGUUGCUGCAAAAGGGUUCCCAAAGACGACACCAUCGUUCUCAUUACCUGAUCACUGCGAAUGAUUCAGCGUUGAAUCUACUGAAAACUGCAAUGGAUUUGCCACUUAAUCAGGGAAAGAUUGUGUGAACAUGUUUACCACUCCAUGUACAUGGUUCAUGUACUACACAGGAAGCAAGAGCUUAGUGCCAAUUUCAUUAGAAACCGGUAAGACUUGCAUUAGCAAACGGCUAAAUUCUGAAUCAUAUCUGCCAAAGUGCAUUACAAUGCAAUUAAGAGCAAAAAAGAGGGUCAAAUGGCAAGCACAAAAGAUGUUUGAUGCAUCUUGAUGCUCCAUCUGUAAAAUUAUCCCCAUUAAAUGUUGUAAACUAGAGGAAAUAUCUUUUAUGAUAUUAUUUAUGUGUCGUCUGGAUUGUCUGCCCAUGUUUUACAUUAGAGAAUCACUUCAAAUUACACAUUUGUGUUGGUUUUUAUAUCAGUGCUUUGGCAUGUUUCCUCAAAGGCAUUUAGAACAUUUGCAACCACAUAGUUUGAAGAUAAAGUCUCUCAAUAUUGUGCUUCAGAUAUGUGAAGUGCGUAAGGAGUGAUGUGUAUGUGCAAGACUGGAGUUCUAAGAAUGCACUGAGGUUUUGUCUUUGUGGAAAUGCUUUUAUUUUAUGAUGCGAAUCACAUCUCAUUAUGACUAUCAUCCACCAAUUAACAGGGAAGGCAGACAAGUUCCUACGUGAGUUGCCUAGUAGGCAGUUGCUCACUGGGAAAGGACCUGGGGUGAGGGAAUGAAAGAUAAUAAAAGAACAUUUUGUAUUUGCAAACUAAAA